UGUGUUUGACAGAACAGCAAUGCUGUCACAAUGAUAAAUCCCAUAUACAGUGGUGCCAACAAUCAAUAUGAAACUCUCGAUUUUUUCGGGCGAACGGUUUGUAGAAUGUGAACGACCCACGGUACCCACGCUCAUUUGACGUUUUCCAUAGUUACAUAAUUUUUGUUUGUCCCUUUUUAUUCGAUCGGUGUUGUUUUUGUUGUUUGCAUCAACAGUGUUGUUGUUGCAAAUUUUGCAUUCGCAGCGAUUUUAUCACCAACUCGGUCACCGAAGUUCCCCAGUAAAUAUCUUCAACAAAUCCUUCCGGCCUUCCGGGACGUCAAGAUGCUAACAUCCUCCGAGCGCAAGACGCUCUUCUCCAACAUCAAGGCGAACAAAAUCGAGUUUACCAAAACGCUACUGGAAUUGGAAUCGGACCCGAUUUGCUAUGGUCUCAGUCUGUCAUCCUUCCUGAUGCUUCCGAUGCAGCGGGUAACACGGAUGCGCCUCCUGCUGGAUGCUGUCCUUCAACAACUCAAAUCGGUCGACGACGAGUUCAUCAGCUGGAAAAAGACCUUCGUACUGAUCAACCAGAUCCUGAAACAGUGCAACGAUGUGGCCCAUCGUAGCGAACAGAUGUACGAGAUGGAGAUAAUUUCGCGGCAGAUUGUAUUCCCGUCGCGAAUUGGUCCACCAGGCAGCAUGAUGCGUAAGCUGGAGAAGAAGGGCGAACUGGUGCACUUGCUGUGGCGCGGCGCCGACGCCAAACUCACCUUCGGCAAGAAGUUCAGCAAGAGCAGCAUCCACGCGUUUCUGUUCACCGGUUUGAUCGUGCUGACCAAGAAGAAGGGCGACGAAAUCUACCUAAUCACGGACUAUUGUCCACGUGCUCUGCUGGUGGUCAAGUCCGGAGAUAUGCUUCCGAUUAAGGAGAUGCAAGCCAUCGGAAAGCACCUGAUCAUAAUGACGCUGCUGGAGGACCACGAGGGAAAAACUAUCGAAAUGAUCAUCAGCUGUCCGUUGACGAGCGUUGGCUCAAGAUGACGGAAUCCUUAUCCUCGGAAAAUCCCGACGAGAAGAUCUACGAGCAGUGGGACUGCCCCCAGGUGGUGGCCAUCCAUCCCUAUCAGCCACUGCAACCGGACGCACUGGAUCUGGACAUCACGGAAGUGGUCAACGUGCACAGUAAAAUGGCGGAAGGCUGGUACGAAGGCGAGCGGAUCCGGGACAGGGCCGUCGGGUGGUUCCCCAGCAACUACACCAAGGAGGCACAUGUCCGUGCCAAGCACAUCAAGCAGCGCCACGUGCUCCUUUCGCACACGUCCAAAUAGGGUAGGUGUACCAGUUAUGGCCAUAGUGGUUCCCUAUUUCGCCUUACGUGAUUACUUGAAUGUCUUCAC